AUGGGAUCUAUAUUCCGCCCCCAAGUUGACUACUUUGUCGAGUAUUUAAAGAUCCAAAACCACUACAAAGUCAUAGACAUGGAUCAAUGGAUGGGCUUUUACAGGUUCUGCAAUGAAAUUAGUUUCCCGGAGAUGACGGAAUACAAUCCAGAGCUUGCAUGGCCGUUGGUCCUAAACAAUUUUGUGGAGUGGAUUCGUGAAAAACAAGCCUGA